AUGGGCUCGUGCACCAUGGCGCUGCAAGCUUGCAGCUUCCAUCACCUGGCUUGGCCCAUGGAUAUCCAGAGCGUUUGCUUGCAGCCUGAGCCAGAAUUUGAUUUCCAAGAGUUUCGCGAUGCUGUCGAUAGCUUCAUAUCAGAUUCUUCCUCACUGAUGCCUCCUCUGCUAGACUCUGACGAUUUCUCUUUUCCUGUGGAUGACGAUGAACCAUUCAGCCCUUGCCUCCAGCAACCUUCACAGGUUGAUCCUGCUUCACAGACAAAUACAGAAAACAUCUCUUCUUCUGAGCAGUAUUGGAAGGAGUUGGCCGAUCAUAACCAGAAAGCACUAGGGAAUGCGCUUGUGGAAAACAAUCAGCUUCAAGUGACCUUGACCCAAAAGCAGGAAGAGAUUGCUUCCUUGAAAGAAAAGAAUACCCAGCUGAAGGAACUGGCUAGCCAAGCAAAACAGCUCGCCUCUGUGCUGGAUAAGCUGAUGAUUCCCCAGUGCAAAGACAGCCCAGAUGUUUUUCUCACCAAUGGUCCCAACAAGAGAAGCCUCCCACAUUCUUCUGUUGCUGAGCAAGAAAGUGACAUGGAAGUGAACGAAAUUUUGCGAGAGAUAUCAGACAAAUGCAAUGCAGCACUGCAGUCCAUUGAUGACAGGGGCCCGAAGCGCCCUCGUGGGGAGAAUGAAGCAAUCCAUAUGUAUGGAUCCUUCCAGGGAUUACAGACACGCAGCAGCCGUAGCUCCCUGGACUUGAGUGGCAGCGAACUGGAGGAAGGGGUCUCUUUCAGGACGUCCAUCCAAGAGCAUUGUAAUAUCCGGACGAUGGCUUUUCCUCAAGGCAAUGCAUUUACUGUCAGGACAGCUACUGGGGGUUAUAAAUUCAGAUGGGUACCUAGCUGA